AUGAGUUUAAAAACGAUACCAGGAAGAAGAAAAAGCUAUGCAAAUAAGAGGAAGGAUUUCAUUCUAUUUUUUUUAGUAAAACGGAAAAGGCUUUUUGAUGUCGAUUUGUCAUCAUCAAAAGCUUUUUGUUCAUCAUUUCAGUUUUAUUACAAGCGUUUGGCGGCAAAGACGAUUUUUUUAAACGAACAUAAAUUUCAUUAA